CAUCUGAUUGGUGGGCUACUGGGCUACAAAACUGACGUCAUGUCCCUUACCCGCCCUCUUUUUGCCGUGGUGCGCUGAUCUCCAUACGGCGUUGUCUCGUGCUCUCCCAAUAAACUCGUUACACAGGGAAAGUGGUUACGAUGUCCGGAGGUCUAGAUGUCCUUCAGAUGAAGGAGGAGGAUGUGCUGAAGUUCCUCGCUGCAGGAACCCAUCUUGGUGGAACCAACCUGGACUACCAGAUGGAGCAUUAUGCAUACAAGAGAAAGAGUGACGGCAUUUACAUCAUCAACCUUAAGAAGACUUGGGAAAAGCUUCUGCUGGCUGCACGUGCCAUUGUUGCCAUUGAGAACCCUGCAGAUGUCUGCGUCAUUUCCUCCAGGAACACAGGCCAGAGGGCUGUUCUGAAAUUUGCUUCUGCCACCGGAGCCACCACCUUUGCUGGGCGUUUCACCCCUGGAACCUUCACCAAUCAGAUUCAGGCUGCCUUCAGGGAGCCCCGUCUCCUGAUUGUGACUGACCCCCGUGCUGACCAUCAGCCUCUGACCGAAGCUUCAUACGUAAACAUUCCCACCAUUGCUCUCUGCAACACUGACUCUCCUCUCAGAUACGUUGAUAUUGGCAUCCCCUGCAACAACAAGGGUCCCCACUCUGUCGGUCUGAUGUGGUGGAUGUUGGCCCGUGAGGUUCUAAGGAUGCGCGGUACCAUCUCUCGGGAGCACCCCUGGGAGGUCAUGCCUGAUCUUUACUUCUACAGAGACCCAGAGGAGAUUGAGAAGGAGGAGCAGGCUGCUGCCGAGAAGGCUGUCAGCAAGGAUGAGUUCCAGGGUGAAUGGACCGCUCCCGUUGCUGAUUUCGCUCAGCCCGAGGUUGCCGAUUGGUCUGAUGGUGUGCAGGUGCCUUCAGUGCCCAUUCAGCAGUUCCCUGCUGCCAUUGAAGCGGCUGCACCUGCUAAGGCUGCUGCCCCAACUGCUGAGGUUUUCGCUGAGGACUGGAGUGCUCAGCCUGCCACCGAGGACUGGUCUGCUGCCCCCACUGCUCAGGCUGGAGAAUGGGGUGGCGCUACUGCCGACUGGUCAUAAAUGACUAUUUGCAGCUCAGAGCUCUGUUUGUGUCUGAGGAGUCAAUAAACCUGAGUUGUUUAAA